AUGUUCAGCCGCGUUCUUCGUGCGAAGCCUGUCGGCAAGAUCCACCCAUCCCGGCGAACAGUGACGACUAUAACAAGCCCGAUCACCCAUCCUAGCCGAAGUCACCGAGUCGUCGUUGUGGGUGGCGGCACCGCCGGCUUGGCCAUCAGCCAUCAACUCGUCCGAUCAGGCCAAUUCUCGCAGCAUGACAUUGCCGUAGUCGACCCGGCAACUUGGCAUCACUACCAGGCAGGCUGGACAUUGGUCGGCGGUGGGCUCAAAAAGAAGCAGGAUCUCAGAAAGCCGCUUGCAAAUUUGAUCGAUCCCAAGAUCAAGCUCUAUCAGGACCGCGUGGACAGCUUUGCCCCAGACCAGAACACAAUUACAUUGGGGAACAAUGAUCUCAUCACGUAUGAGCAUCUUGUCGUGGCUCCUGGCAUCAAGGUCAACUUUGACAGCAUUGCCGGCUUGCCUGAAUUAUUGGCCGACCCGGAAGCGCCCGUGUCCUCGAUAUACGGCUAUGAAAGUUGCGACAAGGUAUUCCGACUGAUCAACCAGCAUCGGAGUGGAGUGGCAUUAUUUACUCAUCCCGCUGGUGUCGUCAAGUGCGCGGGGGCGCCACAGAAGAUCAUGUGGCUUGCCCUGGACCGAUGGAAGCAAUCUGGCUUAUACAAUGCCACCAAUCCAAAUCAGUCGCCCAUCCAGAUCAACUUUGCAACUGCGCUGCCCAGCAUGUUUGGGGUUCCAAAGUAUGCCGCAAAGCUAGAGGAAUUGCGACAAACAAGGGGAGUCAAUGCACUCUUUCAGCAUGACCUUAUCGCCAUCAAUGGCAAUACAGCAACACUUGCUCGUUUGGAUGGAAAGGACAAAGUCCAUGUUGAUUUUGAUUUUCUUCACGUUGUGCCAAAAAUGGGGCCUCAUGCAUUCAUCAAACACAGUCCGCUCGCCAAUGAGGCCGGGUUUGUCGACGUGGAUGAGUCUACCUUGCGUCACAAGCAGUAUAGCAAUGUCUGGUCCGCGGGCGACGGCUCCAGUCUGCCAACAUCCAAGACUACGGCAGCAAUCACAUCGCAAGCGCCGGUUCUAGUUGCCAAUCUUCUCGCCGCCAUCAAAGGGAAGCAACCCACGUCUGUGUACGAUGGGUAUACUUCCUGUCCGCUAGUGACAGAAUACGGCAAGGUACUACUGGCCGAGUUCAAGUAUGACGGCGUGCUCAAGGAGACUUUUGGCAGAUUUGGAGUUGAUCAAGCAGUUCCGCGUCGAUUGUUUUACCAUCUCAAGAAGGAUUUCUUCCCCUGGGUCUACUACAAGGCUUUGGUCAAGGGCACCUGGGCUGGUCCUUCUGGAUGGAUCAGGUCGAUAAAAUGA